UUUGCGUAACGCACGGCGCUUCCCGCGUGUUUUCCUCCUCGACGGCUGUCGUCAUCCUCGCGCGAGUCGAGUGCAGAAGCACACGAGGUUAUAAUUCAACGAGAGACGUACUCCUCCCCUCGCAUCGCGCUUCCCCAUGGAAAGUCCCUGACGACGUCAAUGACAACGUCGACGACAGGUGAUCGGCCAUCUUUAAGUCCUCCCGUCCUCACGCACGGACACGCGAAAUUCCGUGCGACCUGUCGUCGACGAGACAGACAGGGUGGAGAAAGAGAGAGGCGAUAGAGUGAAAGGGUGCGAGGUAGAAAGAGCGAUAAAGGGGAAGAAACAUCGGGUGUGCACGUCUUUCGCGCGGGCGGACCGCUAGUGUGCAGUGUUGUGUGUGUGUGUAUGUGUGAUCCGUGUGGUCGACGACCGUGAUAGAUAGGGAUUUCGGAGCUAUGUUCUUGGAGCUCUGCUGACUAGAGACUAGACUCCGUCUUUACGGGACUCGACGGCGCCGCACGGAGGAUAGCAGAGUUCGUGUUUUGUACUCGUCUGCACUUGGUUUUUUUUUGUGAAGCUUGUGGCAUAGAUUCAAAACAAGUUGAGAAACAAUGAAUGCCUCAGAACAUGGGUUUAACCCAGCCUUUAAUAUGGCCUCCAUAAAGCAAGCUUUCAAUGAGGCUGUGGAAAGAGUCUCAACAGUUAGAAUGCCUGCGCCGACACGGUUGAGGGAUCUGAUUAGACAAAUUCGAGCCGCACGAACGGCAGCGGAAGAGAGGACAGUUGUGAACAAGGAGUGUGCGUAUAUACGUUCGACGUUUAGAGAAGAGGACAGUGUCUGGAGAUGUCGUAACAUCGCCAAGUUGCUGUACAUACAUAUGCUGGGAUACCCGGCACAUUUCGGUCAAUUGGAAUGUUUAAAGCUCAUCGCUUCCCCGAGAUUUACAGAUAAACGAAUCGGUUAUCUCGGAGCCAUGCUGUUGUUGGACGAACGGCAGGACGUACAUCUCUUGAUCACAAAUUGUCUAAAAAAUGAUUUGAACAGUUCUACGCAGUUCGUUAUCGGUCUGGCGUUGUGCACCCUCGGUGCGAUUGCGUCGCCAGAAAUGGCAAGAGAUCUGGCAUCCGAGGUCGAAAGACUGAUGAAAUCACCGAACGCGUACAUCCGAAAGAAAGCGGCGCUUUGCGCCUUUCGGAUCAUUAGACGUGUGCCGGAGCUAAUGGAAAUGUUCUUGCCGGCCACUCGCAGCUUGAUCACUGAGAAGAAUCACGGAGUGCUUAUUACAGGUGUCACUCUUAUUACGGAAAUGUGCGAAAACAGCAUCGAUACGCUGAAUCAUUUUAAGAAGGAAUGCGGCCACCGUGAGAUUGUGCCAAAUUUGGUAAGAAUCCUGAAGAAUUUGAUCCUAGCCGGAUAUUCGCCCGAGCAUGACGUAUCCGGAGUGUCGGAUCCCUUCCUGCAAGUGAAAAUACUGCGUCUUCUUCGUAUUCUGGGACGCAACGACGUCGACGCGUCCGAAGCCAUGAAUGAUAUCCUUGCUCAAGUCGCCACCAAUACGGAAACCAGCAAAAACGUUGGUAACACUAUACUAUACGAGACAGUUCUGUCCAUCAUGGAUAUCAAGUCGGAGAGCGGACUUCGAGUUUUAGCAGUCAAUAUACUGGGCAGAUUUUUACUGAAUAAUGACAAGAAUAUCAGAUACGUGGCCUUGAACACGUUGCUGAAGACGGUUUACGUGGACACGAGCGCAGUGCAGAGGCAUCGAUCGACAAUUCUAGAAUGUUUAAAGGAUCCGGAUGUGUCAAUUAGAAGGCGUGCAAUGGAAUUGAGUUUCGCGCUCGUAAAUUCCAAUAAUAUCAGAAACAUGAUGAAAGAAUUGCUCUUGUUUUUGGAACGGGCCGAUCCGGAAUUCAAAGCUCAAUGCAGCAGCAAUAUCGUGAUGUCCGCGGAAAGAUUCGCUCCGAACAAACGUUGGCAUCUAGAAACUCUAUUUAAAGUGCUCGUCGCUGCCGGUAAUUAUGUACGUGACGAUGUGGUGGCGUGCACGAUACAAUUAAUAUCCGAGACGCAGGCUCAACAGAAUUACGCUGUUAGCGCAUUGUGGCAUGCGCUAGAAAAAGAUACGUCAGACAAGCAGCCUUUGGCACAAGUUGCCACAUGGUGUAUAGGCGAGUAUGGUGAUCUAUUGUUGUACAGUCCGCCAUCGGAGGAUGUCGAAACUCCAAUCAAUUUGACAGAGGAUGAAGUUAUCGAUGUGUAUCAGAGAUUACUCUGGAGUCCUCAGAACACUGUGGUUACGAAACAAUAUACCUUAUUGUCUCUUACCAAAUUGAGUACGAGAUUUCAGAAAGGUCACGAGAAAAUUCGUCAGAUCAUAGAUACGUUUGGUAGCAAUUUGCAUAUCGAAUUACAGCAGAGAGGUAUCGAGUUCUCGCAGUUAUUCCGAAAGUACGAUCACCUGCGGCCCGCGUUACUCGAGAGGAUGCCGCCCAUGGAGACCGCUCGACCACAGGCUAAUGGCAUCAUAGGCAUGGUGAACGGUGAGCCGGAACCAGAAGACGAGAAAUCCUCCACGCUUUUAGAAUCAACCACGACUACAUCCGAUUCAAGUGCACUUCUAGAUUUACUUGGAACUACGGAUGUAGGAGUGACGAUGCCGGCGGCAACGAUCACCAAUAAAAAUGCUUUGCCUAGUCCGACCGCGGUAGCGCAUAAUAACGAUCUGUUGGACUUGCUCGGAAGUUUGGAUUUGAAUACGCCUACGUCUACCGUCACUCCUACGCUACCGUUACAACCGCAGGCAUCAUCCCCACCGAUGUUUAGUCCCACCAACACCAGUAACUUCUUAGUGGAUGGAUUGCUCAGUACUUCCUCAGUUCAAAAUGAACUACCUAGUAUAGUUGUUUUGGACAAAUCGGGGCUCAAGAUAACAUUCAAAUUAGAGAGACUGCCGGAUAUCCCCGAUCUGCUAGUUAUAAAUAUGUCAGCUCAGAAUUCUGGAAGCACGGUUUUAACUGAUUUUCUGUUUCAAGCAGCAGUUCCUAGGACAUUCCAACUACAAAUGCUAUCGCCAUCGGGUACUGUCAUUCCACCGUAUGGUCAAGUAACUCAAGUGUUGAGAAUCACAAAUAUGAAUAGGGCAGUGCUAAGGAUGAGACUGCGUAUAUCGUAUACAGGUCCAACUGGGCCAGUUUUGGAACAGACAGAAGUUAAUAACUUUCCAGCUUCGACAUCACAGUGACAAGAUAUAAUACAAACAACAUUUGUACAUAUGCCUGCCUAAAAGUAAUUAAUCGAUUCUUGAAGACAGACUGGGAAGAAAAAAAAGGAACACAAGUUUCAUCUUCGUUAGAAACAGCGAAAACGUACAAGUUAGCAAAUGGAUAUAUCUAAUACAUAACAACACAAUUCAACAACUAAACUUUUGCUUAUGCGGCAUGAAUAAGACAUGACCUAAACUUUGGAUUUAUUAAAAAUACAUUUUUUAAUUUCGUAUGCGAUUGUACGAUGUGUUCAUUCGCAACGAAAAAUGUUUUGAAAAGUAUUAAUUUUCUUGCCGCAUAUAUAUUAAAAUAAUCACGAAUUUGUGCUCGGUCGAGUUCCGAUAAAUUUCCAGUCGCGAAUAAUGUGAUGCUAACAUUUAAAGUCUUUCAAAAUUAUGUUAUGUAUAUCAUUAUCGUUUCCGCUUUGUUACAACGAGCGAACGUAAAAGUAUUUUACUCUCGCAACAUGCCGCAAAAGUGUAUGAAAAAAGGAAAAACAAAAGAUGUAAAUAU